AAUGUUAUGCGUUAGUCUAACUUUGACUGCGGGAAGGCUAUCGUGUGCCGCUCUCUACUUUCGAACGCGGUAUAUUUAUAUUCUCGAAUUAAUCAGCCAGUAUUUUUUAAUGAUAAAUACUUUUUAACAAAAAAAAAAAUAUGAGUUUGUGUGCGAGAUUAUUUUUUUGGAUAAUUAUUCAAAUUACCUUCGUGUCCCCAAUCGCGGAAAUUGGUUCGGAUGACGAAGUUCUUCAUCUCAUUGGUGAGCCAGAUUUUCGUGAUGUCCGAUUACGUUGGGAAUACGGUCAACCAGAUGAGGACUCAAGAAAGCUGCUGGCAUUCCAAAUACACUACUGUGAGCUACAAGCUUGGGGGCAAUACCGAUGUCGAACUAAGGUAGUAGAGAACUUUGAAGACAGGGGGAGAAGAGAAGGGAGGGUAACCGAAUCUACAACUACUACCACUACAACUACCAAACCCACUUUGGGAGUGCGACGAGGAAGAGUUUAUACUACGUUCAUCACUGGUCUCCGUAUGGCCACCACAUACUCCUUUGAAGUGAGACCGGUGAGACGAGACCCAAGAGACCUCGCCGAUCCACUUUCCAUUGGCUCAAAGAUUAUCAUUGUUCCUACCAAAGGAUUUUCAGCACGCGCCACCCAAUGCUUGCCUCACGCAAGCGAAGUAGAGGUCUCAACGGGUCCAUACUUUGGGGGGCGAAUAGCCGUAGAAGCGGCAGAUGGCGGUCCGGAACGCUGUUCCCUACAAGGGAACCCCAAUAGUGCCCAGGAUGCGUACAUACUUCGAAUACACCACGAUGAAUGCGGAUCGGAAGUGAACGAAACCACUGUAGCGACAUAUGUCAUCGUGCAGGAGAAUCUGCCGAUAUUGACGCACAGCACUCGAAGAUUCCUAGUGCUAUGCUCAUACAAACCGGAAACGUUGACGGUUCGAGCUGGUAUCAACUUACCCAAGUCAAGUCCCGGCGAUGUGUUACUGGAGCCCCGACCUUUGGGCUCAGUGGAGCCCUACGACUUGGAUGACAAUAAUCUCCAACCGGCAAGACUUGAAGCUCAGAGGGAUGACUCAACACAAAGUAUGUUUGGUGAAAUAACAAUGGUAAUGUUUUUGGUUGUUACUGCGUUUGUCGGAAUUGGUGUUCUUGUAUGGAAGAUGGUUCCCCAAGCCGAUAGAGACAACAUAUCUAUUGGAACUGUGUCAUCUCUUUCUCGCAGCAGCAUUUUCGGUGGGCGUAACCGAGAUAGAUUCUCAGACAAGAGUUCUGUCUACUCAAUAACAUUGUCCGAGAAGGAUGAGGAUAUUGUUAAGAAGCAGGGUGACAAUACUUCUGAAGCUUAAUUUGUAUAAAAAAAGAAUAAAAACUUAAGUUCUAUAUUCAGCCGGUCUGAAUUUCUCUAUGGCUAAGAUUUUUAGACAGGAUACAAAGUCGAGACUCAGCGCUAAGCACGACUUUUGUAUUUAAAAAAAAUCUUGAAUCUGAUGACUCCCGUAUCAAUAAUAAAUAAGUUAAAAAAUUCAAUUCAACGGAUUC